CCGUUGGGUGUCCUUUGCAGAUGCUGUCGCAGACGCUGUUGCUCGUAGGCAUUUUGCUAGCAGGCUGGCCUGGUUACGUCUUUUCUCACGUGCCUCGCGAUCACGAUGGCGGCCUCUAGUUCUAGCAUGGCUGCCUUGAGAUGAUAACAUUCGCCACUCUUGUCUCUCGACCCGCGCGUCUGUAUCGCAGUGAGUAUGCCUCUGCAGCUGACAGCAGCCGCAUCUCGCGUCCAAAAGUCUCCCGCAAAGAGAGCGUCAUCAUCGCCUUUCUCGUCUUCCAGAAAGAAGAGGCAGCCGGCUUCUACUGAGGCGUCCAAACGGCCGAAGCCCACGCCGGAAGAGGAUGACGAGGCGUUUGACCUGAAACUCGACGAUAUAGGGCUCGUGGCAAGCCUGGCGAAUGAUUUAAACCUCAGUGAUGUCGCUCAGCUGGUACGAUGGAUAUCGGAACAUCAGUGGUGCCCAAUACCAGAGGCCGGCGCGGGCAUGAAUUCAACACGCAUCGCUGAGGUUUUGAACUAUCGACGAAGGCUUCCGCCUCUUGUAUCCGUCCACCACGUCUAUGCACUGAGCAAGUAUCCAACAAGCACAGAACGCGAAAUCGGAGCGCUCGUGAAUGGUGGCAUUAUACGCAGGAUCACCCUACCGCCGCGGGAAACAGGAGGUAGCUCACUCGGAGAGGCACUUGUUCUCGUCGAUGAAUGGGAAAGCCUGGUACGGCAGCGAAGUGACCUUGAGCAUGGAAUCAAAGAGAAGUAUGUCACGCUGCUCCGAGAUCCCGCUGCUGAUGUGGACUUUACUCAGCAAGAAAUUGCUACCCUAGCCCACGCAGGCUUCCUCAUCGGAUCAGAUUAUCUCAAAGGGAAAGCCGACAACUAUCUACGACCCGGAGAAUCAACCCUAGGAGAUCUUCAGAGCGUCUCUGCGGCAGGUCUGCGCCAUGCCUCAGGCUCGGUAGGCGCCGUCGCAGAGUCUGGUAAGCAGCACAUUGCCGGCGGGUCCGGGUUCACCACGCGCGUUGCGUCGAGUUCCCGUUCUUCCGCUGGCAGCCGCGUAGAACGCGCAUACAAAUUCACGUUGCCAAACAUUGGGUCCUAUCUCAAACUGCUGCACGAGUCGCGAGCGCAUCUGCUGCAGCUCCUUGUCAAGGGGAAUCGCUAUCGCGAGAUGCCGCGCGACCUGCUAAGAGAGCGAUGGGACGGUGGAAUCGCCGGAAAUGAUGAAGCAACCAAGGCGCAAAGGAUGAGAGGCGAAUGGCUUGGGGUCUCACCGGGAAAGACACGGAAGUGGAAGCAGUUUUGCGGCCUGGACUUUCAGUGGGUGUUGGAGGAGUGUCUUGGAGCCGGGCUGGUAGAGUGCUUCAACACAAGAAGCGUCGGAUUAGGAGUGAGGGCGUUGUGAAUUCGGCCAGGUCAUCACACUUGUGGCCUAGAAAUGCUGCUAGAUGACUGAAGCUGGGAGACUUCAGAUUCUAGUUGGCGAUCUGCAUCUGCGAAGUGCAUAUGCAAAUCUCCUAGAGGAGGGCAUCCUAGUUAGCAAGCAUCAUUCUACUGGCUGACAGCGCGAUUUCGCGCACAGAAGCUACUGCGGUCUCCAUCGUCAAUGCAC